CAAUCCCUCUCACUGCCCAACCUUCCUCCUCGUAGUACGUGUUGGCUGCAGGUUAUGGAGAGCAGCAGCGCCCCGCAGGACGACGGCUCCGCGGCCAUGGAGCUCGCGCGCAACCUGCCGGCGCUCGUCAGCCAGCUCAAGGCGCUGCGCGAGGAGAUGGAGCGCAAGUCCAAGCUCUACGACGCGCUGCUGCUGAACGCGGCCGACGGACUCGAACCCGCCUCAGGCGCGCGCGCCACGCACACGCACACGCACGCGCCCGGCGCCGGCGCGCCGCUGGACGGCAGCCAGAACGGCAUGCGCGGCAGCAUCUUCACGCCCUUCGCCAACGCGCAGCUGGACCCGCGCGCGAGCCAGAUGACGCUCGAGGACCUGUCGGCGCUGGACGCGGCGCUGGACGACACGCACUACUCCAACACGCUGCAGAGUCGCCAGAGCUCCAUGAUGAUGCGGCGGCAGCAGCAGCAGCAGCAGUACCGACAGGUUCAGCGCCGCGCGCAGCACCGCCCCACAUACACGUACUCGGCGCCCAUGGGCCGCGUCGGGCCGGACAACUACACGGUCAUGUGGGUCAGCGGCGAGUGCGGCAUCUCGCUGCGCAACUUCUCAAGGAAGGACAACAAGGUGGGCGCGCAGAUCGCCGUGCUGCAGCACGCGGACGGCGUCACCACGGGCAUCAGCAACUGCAGACUCGGCGACCAGCUCGUGAGCAUCAACGACGAGCGCGUGGACACGCUCAAGUUCCGCGAGAUCGUGGACAAGCUCAAGACCACGAGGCGCCCCAUCUCGCUCGGCUUCCGCACCAACGCCAACGUGCAGACGUCGCCCCGAGGCGCGUCGUCACCACCCGGCAGCUUCAGCAACAGCACGGGAGGCUCCAGAUCCAGCAGCUUCUUCUCACGGAGGUCCAAGAAGAACACGAUGGCGGCGGACAGACACUCGGUCGGCGGGGACAGAUACUCGAAUUCCAACUCCAACGGGAGAGUGGACGAGGACGAGAGCAGCGACGUUGUGCACGAGAUUAUGGGCCAGCACGAGUUUGGGGACAUCGGCGUCAGCCAACUCACCAGGUCUAGCAGCGCCGGGGCGGUGCAGUCGUCCACGUCGACGCUGUCGGAGGAUGUGGAGGUGUGGUGCCGAGAGCAGGAGGAGAUGCACAGUGACAUCAUCGUGCUGUUGACGGAGACGGCCAUGCGCUGCGAGAAGCUGCAGCAGGAGAACUUGGACCAGCUCCAGAACCUCAUGCAGCUCUCGGCCGCCGAGUCGGCGGACAGCCCGCGCCCCAGCGACAGAAGCAGUGCAGCGUCGUCGUACGUCGCCACCGAAAAUGUCAACAAGGCUGACGACAAUCAAACCAAUGUGCUGGACGUGGAAGCAAUCGCGGCGGCGACUGUGGCCAGCCCCACGACGUCGCCCAGGGCGUAG